AUGAGAUUCAGUCCCGUAUUCUCUGUCGUUUUAUCCUGGUUGCUUCUGGCUGGCGGAGCCAGCUCGGUCGUUAUACCACCAAAGAUAAUGGAGGUGCCGAUGGAUCGCAAAGAGGAGUCUGGGCUGUAUCAGUCGGCGUCUGACUCUUUGGAUGCCAGGGGCUCAGAGAUUGUGGAAUCCAAACCGAGACUGCUUUUACCACUUGGAAUCACUAUACCCACCGAUCUCCGUGUAGUUCGAGGUCGCUCGACCCGUCGCCAAAAAUUUCGAGGUGGUCGCCGUCGCGAUGAUUCGGAUUCGGAUUCGGAUUCGGACUCAGACUCGGACUCGGACUCGGACUCAGACGACGACGACAAAAAGAAACAUACUAGUGGAGUUAAGACGGGGUCCGGGGGAAAGCAGACAAGUUCAAUGUCCCGAGGAUCCAGUGCCGCUACUCUGAAUAACCCGCAAGCUACUCAUAGCACCCAGACCUCGGGAACAGCCUCUCUCACUCACAAGGGUGGUACCACCAGCCGGGGUGUUACUCCUACAACCCCACUUGCCACAUCACAGACCAGCGCCGGUUCUGGCACAUCACUUACUUUCACAUCACCAAGUCCGGCGGAAGGUGCCUCACGGUCUGGAGAUAGCAAGAAACCCCAAAAGAUCGGUUUGGGGGUUGUGUUCGGUGUUUUUGGAGGUUUUGGGCUAGUUGCUGGGGCAGUUACGGGGUAUAGAUGGUAUUUGAGGAGGAAGGGAGAACGAGGAGGGUACUGGGAAGUGCAGCCAAUGACUCGAGAGAGGGUGAAGAUGUUUUCUGAAUCAUAA